AUGGAAGGCUCCGUUUUGGAACGUAACGAUUUGGAGGAAUUUAUGAAGUUAGCAGAAGAAUCUCAUCGCGAAUUCGAAACUCAGAGGUAUGCCCAGUUAGUUGACGUUGACAGCCACGUGUUGGUUCGGGAGAAAGCCGCUGAGCAUGAGAAGCCGCAGAUUGAUAUUGAUGUUCGAAUCCCAAGACGUCCAUUUUGGAUCCCGGGAAUUUCAGCGGAGAAAUUAGCUGAUAUGGAAAUGGACAAUUUCUUGUCGUGGAGAAAAACACUUGCAGACUAUGAAGAAGAGCAAGGAUAUAUUCUCACUCCUUUCGAGAAAAAUUUGGAUUUCUGGAAACAACUAUGGAGAACAGUUGAGCGGAGCGAUGUUAUUUUCCAAAUUUUGGAUGCCCGAGAUCCUCUGUUCUACUAUUGUGAAGACCUUACGAAGUAUGUUGAGGAAGUUGCGAAGGCUCAGGGGAGGAAAAAGUCUUCGGUUGUGUUGAUGAAUAAAAGUGAUUUUGUGCCAAAGGAAAUUCGAGAUGGGUGGAAAAAAUAUUUCGAGGAGGAGCACGCCGGAGUCCGACUUGAAUUCUUCUCGGCACUUCAGGAGUUAUCAAAAGUCGUGAAAGUUGUUGAAGAGGAUAGUACGGAAGAACUUGUUUCGGCUGAUAGCAAAGCGGCUCUCGGGAAAGGAAUUAAUGACGAUGAUAGUGAUGUACUUACUGUAGAAGGCCUGAUGGAAUUGCUGAAAAAAUACGCGGCUGAAUAUGAUGAUAAAGUUACCAUCGGCAUGGUCGGAUUCCCGAAUGUUGGGAAAAGUACUGUUAUUAAUGCUCUCUGGGGAGCUAAAAAAGUGUCAAUGUCGCGACAACCUGGGAAAACUAAACAUUUGCAAACUCUGGAGUUGGUGACAGAAGAUAAAUGUGGUGGAAAUAAAAUACAAUUAUGCGAUUGUCCAGGGCUGGUAUUUCCAACGGCGGUGAGGAGUAAAGCAGAUCUUGUUAUAAGUGGUACAGUCCCAAUCGAUUACCUGCGAGACUAUAGACCUUCUAUAGAUCUGAUUGUUGAGAAA